AUUUAUAUCUCUACGUAUUUUAUUACCGGUAAUUUGUAAUAUUCGCCAGAUUUUGGAUAUUCGUUAGCUUGUGUCCUGCUUACGCGUAAGGAUUUUACAAACUUUACACGUAGUUUUGAUCAAUUUGGACUGUCUCAAGUGAUUGAUAUCGACGAAAUAGUUUUAGCAAUGGUCUUCUUCACCUGCAAUGCGUGUGGCGAAUCCCUGAAAAAAGCCCAGGUAGAGAAGCAUGUGAACAUGUGUCGUGGGUGUCAAGUCCUGUCCUGUAUCGACUGUGGAAAAGACUUCUGGGGCGAUGACUACAAAAACCACAUAAAAUGUAUCAGUGAAGAUCAGAAGUAUGGAGGCAAAGGCUAUGAGGCCAAGGCAAACAAGGGAGAUGUGAAACAGCAACAGUGGAUACAGCGAGUACAUGAAGCCAUGAACAAACCUGGUGUUAGUGCCAAGCUGAAAGAUGUACUCAGACAAGUUAGUACAUAUGAUAAUGUACCGAGGAAGAAAGCCAAGUUUCAGAACUGGAUGAAAAACAGUCUUAAAAUAGGCAACGCUAGUCUACAUGGUGAAGUGUGGGACAUAAUUACUGCUGCUGAUAGUGCUUCUGAGACCAAACAGCCAACUAAUACGAACAAAGGCCUCCCAGCUGAACACGGAGUAGUCACUAAUGGAACUGAAAGCCAAAAUGGCCAACCAGAGUUUGAGGAAAAGAAGAAGCUAAACAAGCGGGAACGUAAAGAGGCCCGUCAGCAAAAGAACAAGAAGGCUGCGAUGGGUGAUAAAACACCAGCUGCUCAAGAGCCCGAAAACAACCAAACUGGCAAAAAAACAAAGAACAGGAAGAGAAAAUGUGGAGAUGAAGAAGCUGACGAUGAAGGGCAGCAUGAGAAUGGUGCUGAAAAUCCAACUUGUGCUAAGAAAACAAAAACUUCCAAUGUUCUCAUGACUGAGGAGACCGAGGAUCAAGCUGCCUCUCAGGGCAAAUUUAACUGGAAAGGAAACAUCAGAGCAGUACUAAGAGAGGCACCGGACCAGGAGCUGUCGGUGAAGAAACUCAGGAAAAAGAUUUUGGCAGCCUAUUACUCUUUCACUGGUGACAGGAAUAUUAAGACAGAAGAGGAAGUAUUUGCACUUUUUAACCAGAAGAUCAACAAAAAUCCCAAAUUCAGAGUUUUGAAAGAUCGAGUCAAACUAAUUAAGUAGACUCUCCUUAUAUAGGCAUGCUUGUAGAGUUUUAAAAUUAAAAUGGUAUUGUUGCAACCCUGGCUUGUAGGUUUUUUUUUUUUUAUACCUUUGAC